UUCUUGCCUGCCUCUCAAUUAAUCUCCGACUCAGCAUCGCAGAGGAACGGGUGACUGAAGGUGCUGCUCUGAUUCCAGAUCACCAUGUGUGACGACGAGGAAACCACCGCCUUAGUGUGUGACAAUGGCUCCGGGCUGGUGAAGGCUGGAUUCGCUGGAGAUGAUGCCCCCCGAGCCGUCUUUCCCUCCAUCGUCGGCCGCCCACGCCACCAGGGUGUCAUGGUAGGGAUGGGUCAGAAGGAUUCCUAUGUAGGUGAUGAGGCCCAAAGCAAAAGAGGUAUCUUGACCCUGAAGUACCCCAUCGAACAUGGUAUCAUCACCAACUGGGAUGAUAUGGAGAAGAUCUGGCACCACACCUUCUACAACGAGCUCCGUGUGGCACCUGAAGAACACCCUACACUUCUUACUGAGGCUCCUCUAAACCCCAAAGCUAACCGUGAGAAGAUGACACAAAUCAUGUUUGAGACUUUCAAUGUUCCAGCCAUGUACGUCGCUAUUCAAGCUGUCCUAUCUCUGUAUGCUUCCGGCCGCACCACAGGUAUUGUCCUGGACUCUGGAGAUGGUGUCACUCACAAUGUCCCAAUCUACGAGGGUUAUGCUCUACCUCAUGCCAUCAUGCGGCUGGACCUAGCUGGCAGGGAUCUCACUGACUACCUCAUGAAGAUCCUUACCGAACGUGGCUAUUCCUUCGUGACAACUGCUGAGCGUGAGAUUGUCCGUGACAUUAAGGAGAAGCUGUGUUAUGUCGCCCUGGACUUUGAGAAUGAAAUGGCUACUGCAGCCUCUUCAUCUUCUCUGGAAAAGAGCUAUGAAUUACCUGAUGGUCAGGUCAUCACCAUUGGUAAUGAACGUUUCCGUUGCCCUGAGACCCUCUUCCAGCCAUCUUUCAUCGGAAUGGAGUCUGCUGGUAUUCAUGAAACUACAUAUAACAGCAUCAUGAAGUGCGAUAUUGACAUCCGUAAGGAUCUCUAUGCUAACAAUGUCCUGUCUGGUGGUACCACCAUGUACCCUGGUAUUGCUGACCGUAUGCAAAAGGAAAUCACUGCCCUGGCCCCCAGCACCAUGAAGAUCAAGAUCAUUGCUCCACCUGAGCGUAAAUAUUCCGUCUGGAUUGGAGGCUCCAUCCUGGCCUCCCUAUCCACCUUCCAGCAGAUGUGGAUCAGCAAGCAGGAGUAUGAUGAAGCAGGUCCAUCCAUUGUCCACCGCAAAUGCUUCUAAACAUCAUGAUUUUAACUUACUUGGAACUCAGGUUGAUAAGGUUGUGCCUCUGGUUACUUUGAAUCAACAGGCCAUUGGGAAAUACAAAAUAGUUUCAAAACUAUUUUCAUUGUACAGUUUGUUUACACAUGUGCAAUUUAUUUGUGACAAUAAUAUUUAUUGAUCAAUGAAUAAAACGAGACUGGAACUUG